CUCCUCUCCUCUUUUUUGAGCUUCUAGCGUGGUUUCCAGACGUCGACUGUUUCUCUGCGAGCAUUAAGAGGCUGACCUCUGCUGGAGGACUGUGACCCGGGGCCACCUGCCAGGCCGGGCCUCCCUGCUCCUGACUGACAGUCACACAACUCCACUGCUGGUAUCGUAACAUGGGGAACCUGCUGAAAGUUUUGACAUGCACAGAUCUGGAACAGGAGCCAAAUUUUUUCCUCGAUUUUGAAAAUGCCCAGCCCACAGACGCAGAGCGAGAGGUGUGGGACGAGGUGGACGUGGUGCUGAAGGAUGCAAAGGCGAUCCUAGAUGAGCUGCAGGCUUACAAAGGAGCGGGACAAGAGAUCAGAGAGGCGAUCCAGAACCCGAACGAUGAGGCGCUACAGGAGCAGGCGUGGGCGGCCGUGGUUCCCCUGGUGGGGAAGCUGAAGAAGUUCUACGAGUUCUCCCAGAGAUUAGAAGCGGCGCUGCACAGCCUCCUGAGAGCUCUGACCAGCGAGACUUACGACGACACCACUCAGCACCUGGAGCGGGAGCAGGCGCUGGCCAAGCAGUUCGCAGAGAUCCUGCACUUCACACUGCGCUUCGAUGAGCUUAAAAUGACAAAUCCUGCCAUUCAGAAUGACUUCAGCUACUAUAGGAGAACCCUGAGCCGCAUGCGGAUCAACAACGUACCGGCAGAGGGCGAGAACGAAGUCAACAACGAACUGGCCAAUCGGAUAUCUCUGUUCUACGCCGACGCCACGCCCAUGUUGAAAACGUUAAGCGACGGCACAACGAAGUUUGUGUCAGAGAACAAGAACCUGCCCAUCGAGAACACGACAGAGUGCUUAAGCACGAUGGCGAGUAUCUGUAAAGUCAUGUUGGAAACACCGGAGUAUCGCAGCCGUUUCGCCAGUGAGGACACUGUGUCUUUCUGCCUGCGGGUGAUGGUCGGGGUCAUCAUCCUGUACGACUACGUCCAUCCUGUAGGAGCUUUCGCCAAGUCGUCCAAAAUCGAUAUGAAAGGCUGCAUCAAAGUCCUCAAAGAUCAGCCUCCCAACAGCGUAGACGGCCUUCUCAACGCUCUCAGGUACACAACCAAGCAUUUGAAUGAUGAAUCAACCAACAAGACUAUCAAGAGCAUGCUGCAGUAGGACUGAGCUGCUUAUAAACUGCUUGCCUCACGCCCUGCUGGGGGGGGGGAGACGCCACUCUCCUGACUGAUGUCGGUGCAAAGAAUGUUUGUUUCUGUUUUGCUUUAUUUUAUUGACUUUUUGUUUUCCCGGAAAAGAGCUACAGCUCAGCCCUCCUUUUUUAAAAUAUAUAUAUACAUAUAUAUAUAUAUAUAUAUGAUGCAAAAUGCUACUGCCAUUAUGAACGUCUUUUUCUGUGCCAAAAAGAUGUUGCUGAGAUAUGUUUUCGAUUCUGAAAGAAAAAAAAGAAAAGGCCAUGCUACAGUGGCAGCUAAUGAAAGCAUCUUGUAUUCUCUGGUGUUCUUAAAUAUGUCAUUUUAUUUUCCCUAAUAUGAGGGACGGGAGUGCUUUGACUUGAAAAUUUAAAAGAGAGAGAGAUAUAUAGAGAAGUAUAUAUUAUUUUUGUUUGAUUCGUUAUUUAAUAUUACAACCUCUGCAUGAUGAAAAUUAUGUCUUUUUUUUUUUUUCCUUCUAUUUAAAGAAAAAACUAAACUAAUGGUUCAAUCUCUUUUGUCUGCUCAAUUGUGCAUUAAAUGUUUUUGUUAUUUCAAAUGGUACUUUAUCAGAAAACGAGAUUUAAAGAGUACUGUUUUUUUUAUAUUUUUGAUAGGUUUUAAUUUGUGCAUAUGUCUCCUUUUUUUCAUAGUUGUGUUGUAUUUUUCUCAUUUGAAAACUUUUAAACUGUGAUGUGUUUGCUAAAAAAAAAAUCAAAUUAAAAAAUUGGGAGUCUGUACUGUAAAUGAGGACGAUAUGUUUGUGUGGCUGGAGAAAUUAAAAGGAGAACUCUUGUUUUC